AUGGAACAAUUUGACAUAGUGCGCGUGGAGGAGGCGAUUACCGAAUUCUAUCGUUCGAACGGACAUAGCCAAGAACUGGACAAAUGGCUCACGGAGGUUAAGGCUAGUUCUCAGGUUUGGCAAUUAACUUUUCUGCUUUUGCAGCCGGGCAAGAGCACCGAUAUUCAGUUCUUCGGUGCCACUGCUCUUCACUCUAAGCUGAGGAAGGAUUGGGAUGAGCUUUCGGUGAAAAGCCGGGGAGAACUUAGGCAAAAGAUUCUCCAGUUGCUUGGGCUUUUUGCCGGAGGACCGAAAAUCGUCCUGAAUCGGCUAUGUAUGUCACUGGGAGCUUAUCUAGUUCAGAUGCAAGUUGAGAACCGUAAUCCCGCACUUACUCCCAUCGAGGAGGUGACCUACUCUUUCCAGAAUGAUAGAAUCCCCAAUUCUAGCCACGAUGUGCAGAUUGGGAUUUUGUUGGAAAUUUUGGGAGGCAUUCCGGAGGAAGCCCAUUCCAUCGUUACCCGAAGAUGGCGAAACGAUGUGCAUGAGUUGGUGGGUAAAUCGGUAUCAUUUGUUCUUCAGACCGCUGAAAACUAUCUGAAGACGAAGCAGCUUGACUCGGAGAUAGGCAACCAUGUAGACAUUAACAGAGCAGUUGGAUGCAUCCGCAGAUGGAUUCAAAAUUAUGGCUAUACCAUUGAGGGCAGCGUAAACAUUUCGCAAAUUCUGCUGGAGUUGGUGCAAAAAUGCUAUUGGCCGCGCAUGCGCGUCGGAGAUGGCGUCAUGGCCGCUGAGGAGAUAGAACUGGCCGAAUUGGCUUUAAGGACAUUGUCCAUAAUAAUCAUUCAACCAUGCAACUCUCCCCAGACGGCGAUUGAACUAAUUAAAAUGUUCCUUGACUCCCUAUCCGACAUUGCUAAAUCGGAAUGGCAAGAAACCAAGAAUGAGAAAUUGGAAGCACUUAUAUACUCGUUAUAUAUGACUUCCAUAGAACAGCACUCAUCAUUGAUAAUCAAUGGAAUCACUGCCGAUCCGGAGCUCUUUAGAGUUUUGAAGCGCAUUAUUGACGAACUUAUGAAAUGCACCGAUAAACCAGGGACUUAUCCCGACGGAGAGAUAUGCAGCAUCAAGGCCCUACCAUUUUGGCACCUACUACAGCAUGAGGUAUGUUCCAUUCCUAGUAAUAAAAAGAAACUCGAAAGUUUGGAGUUUAUAAAACCGGUUUACGCUGGCCUCACAAGGGUUUUGGUGAGAAAAGCCGAGUAUCCGAAGUCCUUCGAGCAAUGGAAUUCCGAAACACUAGACACUUUUACCAUAUAUCGGCAGGACAUUGCAAAGGCAUUAUCGUGCUGUUACAAAGUGUUGAAGGAAAACGCCCUUGAAAUCCUGUCCGGAAUGUUGAACGAGGCCAGUGCCGAAGUCAAAGUAAAUCCAACAAAUUGGACUGCUUUGGAAGUGUGCAUUUUUAGUUUUAUGUCUGUGGCCAAAGUUUGUGGGGGUGACUCGCUGAAAAUACCCGAAUUGAUGCGCAUAAUGACUGAAAUACCAUUUGAGCAUUGCAAUGUCAAACUUCUGGCCACAGUUUUGGAGACUAUUGGCGCCUAUGGCCACUGGCUGAGGAAGAACCGAUUGUACGUUCCGGAAGCGAUCAAUCUAUUGAUAGGGGGGCUCAGCUCUUCAGUGUCGAUCGAUGCUAAUCUGGCCCUAAAGGAGUUCAUCACUCAUUGCGACAGAAUUACGAUAACUCCUGAGACCCUAAUGGAAGCCUGCAGGUUCUGCCUUAACCCGGGAUACAUAAAAGAGUCCGACAUGGAGAAGGUGAUCUCCACCAUAGGAACUGUGAUGGGCAUAAUACCGAUAUAUGAUAUUUACAAGAAGUUAGAUUCUUUUCUCAAUCCGUGGCUCGAAGAGUUGCAAGCCAUUUGCCGGCACGUAUUGAAAACCCCUUUAGCCCGUUCGAGGAUAUUGGUCCUCUAUAAAAUGAUGUGUCCCCUAUUUUUAUCCUUGAAAUGCAUUGAUGUUGGAGACAAAGACGACGAUUACAAUUUCUGUUUUCUGCUGUUGCUCGUUAGUCAGAAAUUAAUACAGCUUUGGUCUGAUGAUAUGGAAGUCAUUGAGACCGUUUGUACCACCUUGAGUCAUUUGAUCAGCUUCUUAAGCUGCAUUGACGCGGAGUUUGAGCAUAUCUCUCGUUUAGUUCAAACUACCAUUGAGAUACGCUACUGUCCACCCGUCUUGGAGAUGAUAACGGCGGUCAUUGUCACGUUCUAUGAGGACGAGGUGACCCAGCCAGAAAUGCAAGAGCUCUUGAGAGACUUUAUCCAGCGGGGAUUCAUGGUUUUCGAGGCCACUCCGGUGGAGAACUACUCUAAUAUUUCGGAUAUUAUAGAGCUGCCCUACAAUCGUCUUGUUGCAUAUGCUUUGAAGGGCAUGUCACUGCAGGAGGGUGUUGCCAUACGUGGCAGUAUUAAUUUCCUAGUCAAUCUUCUAAGCCAGGCCCGAUGCUAUGGGCAUCUCGAACAGAUCGUUCUGGGCUCCCUAGAAGAGAUCUUCUCCACCUCAAUAAUGUGUAUUGCUUCUUUUGUACCGCCUUCCGAAGUGGAAAAUUUUGCGGGUCUCUUUUUCGCUUUGAAUAAGCAUUUUUCUAAUGAGACUCUCAGCUUUGUGUUCGACGUGUUGAGUCAACCCGAUUUCCCAAAGCCUCAUAUUACGCUGCAUGAGAAGACCAUAUUAACAAUGGUGUUGCUUAAGGAGACGAAUAGCGAAGAAACUCUCCGGAAGUGUAUUUGUAAUAUGGCUCUCAGAAUGCGAGGACUCGCCGAACACUUGCAAUGA